GCGCCGGAGUCAGCACAGGAGGGAGAAGAGAGGUGGAGGUGGAGGUGGAAGUGGAAGAGGAGCAAGUGCUGCAGAUGCUGUAAAUGCUGGAUGGUGGAUAACAACAAAGAUGCGCUGGAUGCUGGAGAGGUUGGUCCAGAGCACGCUUUGCAUGCCGAGGGCAGGGAAGAAGUGCUGGUGGCGUUGUAGAUGAUUAAGAUGUUGACUCUUGAGCAGAUGCUGGAAGUGAAGAUGUUCAUGAAGUCGCAGCUGUUGGAGCUCCGGGCGUUGAUGCAAUUGUUCAAGAUGGAGGAGAUGCUGGACACUGGCGAGACAGGGGAAAUAGACAAUGUGUUACAGACGUUGGAGAUGCUGGAAACGCAUAAACUGUUGCUAACACUUAUAUCCACCUCAGUGGAUUUCUAUGCUCGCCAACAGACACUUGAAGAUUUGAGGGCUAGAGCUCAAGCUGAGAUGUGGUUGAGACGAAGAUCUCAAAUGCGAGCUAUGAGAUGGUUAUUGCUCUUCAGCCCAGGUGGCUGUUCGCAUUCCUCUUUUCACAGAGCUGUUCAGGAUAAUCUACGAGCUUCACUAAUUUCAUGUCUGGACUUCAAACAUUCUGCGGGUUCCACAAAACCCAGCACCAUUUAUGUAAUUUCCAAACUCUUUUGUUUCAUUUUCCCUACUUAUUCGGCUCAAAACAUCAUUUGGCAUUUGUAAUGUAAUUUUCAUACACCACUUUCUCUGAAAAUUCUUCACCUCUUCGCUUCUCACAAACCUUCCUUCUCCCACUGCAUACCUCUUUUUCUGUUCUAUUUUAAGACAAAAUGGCUGAAUAUGUCUCACAAACAGCCAUUUAAUCAUCCACCACGUCCCGAUCCAUUGCAAUUCCAUUCUCAUCCUCUCUUUCUCUUGCUCCCU